CACGCGCCGGCCGCCCGCGCGCGCCCACCGCCGUCCGCUCGCGCCGCCUCUCUGAGGCGACCGCCGUCCUCCUCCCAAGAUGUGGCACAACGUCGGGCUGACCCUGCUGGUGUUCGUGGCCACGCUGCUCAUCGUGCUGCUGCUGAUGGUGUGCGGUUGGUAUUUUGUAUGGCACCUUUUUCUGUCUAAAUUCAAGUUUCUGCGGGAGCUAGUGGGAGACACAGGAUCCCAGGAAGGAGACCAUGAGCCUUCAGGCUCUGAAACUGAAGAAGACACUUCAGCCUCUUCGCACAGGAUCCGAUCUGCUCGCCAAAGGAGGGCGCCGGCUGAGGAAGGCCACUGACCCCAGUCGCGCGUCAGGACGGGCAGUUGCAAGCCUCUGCCAUCAGUGCCAUCAGUGGCUUGGCUUUGAAAGUUACUGAAUGACUAAAGAACAUUUGUUCUUGGAUUUUAAGUCUAAGUCAAAAAAGGAUUUAUAUGUAAGCCAUAUAAAAAUAAAGGGAAGUAAAAACCAAAUUGGACCAUUGCAAAUUUCAUCUUACAGGUAAUCUUUUGCUUCAUUAGCUUUCUACUUAUUCACGUAUUCCUUGGCUCUUGGGCUUGUUUAUUCUCUGUGCUGGUGUGAAUCUGGUUAACAUUAUAGGCUUGACAAGCCAUACCUUCUGAGUCCUAAAAUGUGUGCUUUUCUUUGCAUUUGAACAUGUCUGACAUGGCAGUGCAUCUCAUUACUGUCAACCAGGUGAUAGCCAUGUAAUUAUUCUAGCUUGUGCAUGUGUAAACCUACAGCUUGUCACAGUGUCAUCACCUUAACCCACGUGUGUAUCAUUGAUAUCAAAGGUGUCAGGUUUAAUUGGCUUAAAAUGUCUUCAGAAAGAUUACACUAUGAUUCAGCAUUGAAAUGAGAAGUUAUUGUGUAUGUAGUAGAAAAGCAUGGAACAGAGCAGCUGGGCGUAUAUUUGAUAUUAGUGAAGCAAAUAUUCGUCACUGGAGGAACGACCACAAUUCCAUAUAUUCUUGCAAAACAACAAAAUGCUUUAUCAGACCUAAGAAAGGCAGGCACCCAAAGAUAGACAAAGCUGUACUACAUUUUGUGAGUGAGACAUGUGCAAAAGGAUUGCCUGUCACAUGCCAGGCGAUGCAAUUGAAGGCCGGAGAAACUGCCAAAACUCUUGGCAUCGAUGAAACAAAAGCGAAAGCAACAAGAGGCUGGUGUGACCGACUCAUGCGUCAAACAGGACUGUCGUUAAGGCACCAAACAUUGAUUUGUCCAAAGCUUCCCAUUGGCUUUAGAGAGAAUGCAGUGGUAGAGCUCUGUUUUGGGAAAUGCUGCGUCACCCAUGCUCUUGCUGACACUGGGGCCGUGUGGUGUGGAAAACUGAAAACAUCGAUGACUGUGAUUGGAAAAGUGAUUCGGAAGAAUUGGACUCAGAAUAUGAAGUCAUAGUUAUAACUUAACCAAUUUAUUUCACACAUUUCAUUACAUAGGCACAAGGCGAUGUGAUAAAAAUCUGUGUAACUGUAAAAACACUGUUUCAGUAAUUAUAAAAUAAACAUUUUCUGUGAUACGAAAGCAUCGUGUCAUAGUUUAAUAGGCAGUUGUUUUUCAUGAUGAUCCAUCUAGUAUUAACUAUUGAGAAUAUCUUAGAUUAAGUAAAAAAUGGUAGUUCAUAAAUUUGUUUCUUCCCAAGAUAGCUAGUUUUUAUUAGGGAACUUAAUUCUGACUCUUAACAAUGGUAAAAUAGUUAUCAUCUGUGAAAUACAUUUUGCAUAAUCUAUUCAACAUGUUAGAGUAGGAGUCUAAGAACUAUCUUCUACUUUAGGAAGAGUAGGAAUGGUUACUCCCUUUGUAUGGGAGAACUUUAUGCUCGAGGCUUAGGUUGUGCAGAUUCACAAACAACAAUUCGGUGACGAGACCUCAAAGGUGUUGCGUAUUGAGGAGGAAAAAAUGGAGUGGGGGAAAAUACCCACAACUCUAAAAUUACUCUUGCCAGGUUUCUGUGUGUGUUUUAACUGAACUUUGGAAGGAGUGUUUAUAGGGGGAGAGAGAGAGGGAUGAAACAGUCUUCCUGUUCAGUGUCACUUGCUUUGUGUAAAAAUGCAAUGCAAGGCUAACUCAUUUUGUUAAUCCAAGUUUUUAAUGUUUUUAGCCUCCUUCUUUUGACAACUCAUCAUACCUCUCUUUUAUGAUGCUGUAUGAGACCUCGUACUUCAUGCUGACAGCUAACAGUUCACUGCUCCACUCCAGGUUUUCCUGGUGAACACCUCUUUGUUGAUAGUGUAGCCCUUUGGGCGUGCAGAAAGGGAAUUCACAGAAUACAGCUUUAGUUUUUGUUUGUGUGUAGGGGAGAGGUUCUAGCAGCUGAGAGUGGAGCACAAGCCUGUCUUCAUUUCCUUAGUGGAAGCACUGUUGUAUUUUCAUGUGCCUGUAAGGCAUAACAGAGCAGUGAGCAUCAGUUAGGAGAGAAAUGCCAAAAUACCUAGGUUUGAAAGGAUAUUUAAAUUAAGUUUUCAUAGACUACUGCUUUGAACUGUGGAUUCUGCUUUAUGAUGGCUGUCUAACCUUUAGAUAAUAGUUGCUGAAAAACUUUGCGUCGCUGACAAGCUUUCUAUCAUGUCAGUAUUAGAGAUUUAUGGCUGAUGUAGUCCUCUUCCCUGAAAUCUACACGAGUCAAGCCUAAACUAAUACAGACUGAUUCAUUUGAAGGUAUACAUGUUGGUGUUAUUUGUUGACAUUUAUGCUUCAAGCAUGUCUCAUUUUAUAAGAAUUUUAAGAAGUACUGUGCUUAAUUUACUUGAGAAAUGUACCUAAUUGUAUAUUAAUAACUCACACUUGCCAGGUUUUAACAAUCCCUUAGGGAGAGUAAAGAGAAAAGGCUGAUGCCAACAGGAAGAGUCUAUAAACUAAUCAUUUGUUUACAGCUUCUUGUUUGUGCAUCCCAGAAGACGCUUAGCUUCAGUACGUGUUUCUAAGACCACUAAGAGAGGGAAGAUAAACAGUCAAUGCAGAAUGAAUUGGGUGGUGUAAUGUUUUUGUUCUUUUUCCUGUUCUAGUGUUUUUGUAACUGAAUUUACCAGAACUACAGCACAACUGCAUUUUCAGUCUCUCAGUAGGGGGUAGACUAGCCUGUGGUUAACUUUGAAGUUUAAAACGUUAAGAGCAUUAGAAACACAUGCAAGCAUCAGUCUUUUCUGAACCCUCACAAAGAAUGAUGGUGAUUAACUACACCACCUUUUGAGGAUGGGUUGUUUUAUUUCCAUCCCAACUGACCAUUCUUUCUUCUUUAGUCUCUGAAACUUUUUUUCUAAGAAUUGCCUGUGUAGUAACAUUGCUAAAAUGUAAAUGCCAAAAGCACUAAAUAUUGUGUAGCACUGUUAAAUCUAGUCUAUUCGUGUGAACGAAUACUCACAUCACACUACAUAGAGUACUCACUGAAUUUUGUAAUGGCAGUUUCAUAGUACAAACACAAACAAAAAAACACAUCAGAGACAAACAUGGUGGCCCUUUUUUUUUAUGUUACUAGGUUUAAGCACCAUUUCAAAUAUUUUACUGAUAUAUGGGAUAUGUAGCAUAAUAGAUUUCAUAUAUGGCAUCUUGAAGCAUUGAAAGUUUGAAAGUUGUACAUUUUUACUUUUAAAGAAACAAUUUUUGAAAUCAAGUCAAAGAUAUGCUCUUUUUAAAGCCAGUUUUUCUCAAAAGGUGUGUUUUAAGGUAAAACGUAGCCUGCGAUGUAACUUUAGGAUUUCACUGAAUUUCAGGUGCUUUCAUAUUUGAAGUUGACUUUAAAAAGCCAUGGAGCAGUCUUCACUGGUUCCAGACAAUGAAGCCGGGGCUCUGGUUUGGAGUCCAGCACUCGAGCACCCAUUGUCUGCUUCUAAAGUGUGCUAGAGUUCUUAACUUGAAGCUUAAAGUGUAAUAUAUUACCUUAUGUUAGUACAAGUUACCUGUUCCAGGUGUUAGUACACACGUACUACUGCUUUAUGAGGGAUGUUUAACGUCGCCCUCCAAGUCAGUUCUAUGCAUAACCAUUCAUCAAAUACUGCUGCUGUGAUUUCCCAAAAGAAACAGUCUGUGCUGUGCUAUGAGGCAUUAUCACUUGCUGCUUGACAAGUAGAUUUAUAAGGAUUUAGAACUGUUAAUAGCGUGUUAAUAAUACCUUUGUAUAACAUGAUGUAAAACUGGUCAGUACUAUAUCUAAAGCUUUUGUGGUUUAUGAUGUUUUAACUUUAAACACAGAAUAAAUUAAAAU